AAUAAAGAGGUGGGAGGGAGACAAAGCGUGAACAUUGCUGAAUUAUUUGCUUAAACAUAUCACUAAUUAAUUGCAAUUAGAUGAGCUUCAGAUUCCUCAUGUCUCCCCCCAAGCCAAGUUAUAUAAAUAAGCUCUUGAAGGCCAAAAGAUGAAGUCAACUUGAAACUCCUUUGGCUGUUACAAUUCUUUAGCUUGGGCUUUUGUAAAAAAGAUGGAUUCCUUUGCUGCAAACUCGAAGAAAUCGUUCCACAUUCGUUCAAACAGUUUACCCUCAAAGGCACAUCCAGUUGUGGAUGAAGUUAAUGAAAAUCUCUGCAGAUUGAGAGCAUCUGAAGAAGCCACUUCUUCAUCUUCUUCUUUGUGCCAAAAACUUGAUGGACUUCAAGAUUUGCAAGAUUCUAUUGAUAAGUUGCUUCUUUUGCCACUCACCCAUCAAGCUCUUGUUGACAACAAAUCAGUUGAUGAAUUGCUAGAGGGAUCUCUCAAGAUCUUGGAUGUGUGUGCUUUGGCUAAGGAUGUUUUAUCUCAAAUGAAAGAAUCUGCACACGAACUUGAGUCAGCGUUGCGAAGAAAAAGAAGAGAUCAAAUUCUAGUUGAUGUUCAAAAGUACAUGAACUCGAGGAAGUUGAUGAAAAAGGCAAUUCAUAAGGUCUUGAAGAGGAUGGUAACAACAAGUUCUCAAAGAGGGGAUGAAAAUUCAGAAAUUAACAGUUUACUAAAAGGGGCAGAAGUGAUAACAUUUAGUGCCAUUGAAUCCUUGUUGUGCUUUAUAGCAGAACCAAAGCUGCCAUCAAAGAUGAGCAGAUGGUCUUUGGUUUCCAAGCUUAUGCAGACUAAAAGAGUUGCUAGCAAGGAGGAGGAGGCAAAUGAAAAUGAAGUAGAGAUGGUGGAUGUUGCUUUACACUCAAUUACCAAUCAGAAAUGUGAUUUCUUUGUGCAAGUCGAAGAUGUACGGAACUCGCUAAGGAAAUUGGAGUCAUGCAUUCAUGAUUUCGAAGAAGAUCUUGAGAGUCUAUAUCGACGUCUUAUAAAAAACAGAGUCUCUUUUCUUAACAUCCUAAAUUACUAAGGAUGAAAGCUUAGAUAGUAGCUAAAUAGCCAAUUCCAACGGAAUCUAUUUUUGUCAGAUGUAAACACCAAAAGACAUACAUAGUAUAUACAAAUACAUUUUACAACUUUUUUGCAGAACAAA